AUGGGCAUGUUGUUCGACGUCCACAAGCCGAUCAUCGACCGGUUUGGGAGGUACCCCUAUCUCAAUGGGAUAACCGGGCGGGACGCAAACGACGGAGAAGAAAAGUGGUUGGAGGAGAUCAACCACUUUGCCGAGGCGGACGAGGAGAGCGUUAGGCGGGUGAGGGAAGAUGUCAAGGCGGGACGGUGGUCGCCGUUGGGGACUGACACGCCUCGCUGA